ACAAUCGCCAAAGUUACCUGGAGACCCACAUUUCAAGUUCUUCAUUUAAAAUUACCAAAAAUAUCAAUUAACGGGGAAUUGAGCGUUAAAAGUGCCAAGUGUGUGUGCCAUAGGAUUACAUCGACCAUUUACCAAAUCAAGAAUACGCACACUCAGCCAAGAUGGAAAGAACGCGGAGGAGUUUACGGAGAGCCAUUUUGAGUGUCUUAUUGCCGAUUAUGCUGGCCCUUAGUGUAAAAUGUGAAGCGCCAUUGGUGGACAGUAGCGCUUUGCCACUUGAGCACAGAUCAGUAUACGGCCCUCCGGCCCAAUACGGCCCCCCAGGUCACGGGGCCGAGGAGAACUGGCCCCUGGCGUCUCCAGACACACCCCAAAUCAAGCACCUGCAGGUCCAGUGCGAAAAAACCCACAUGAGGGUGAACAUCGAAUUUGAUCGGCCCUUCUACGGCAUGAUCUUCAGCAAGGGUUUCUAUUCAGAUCCCCACUGCGUCCAUUUGAAACCGGGUACAGGUCACUUGAGUGCAACAUUCGAGAUCUUCCUGAAUUCCUGUGGUAUGAGCAGCUCAGCCAAUCACAAUGUCGCUGCGUAUGGUGCACCAACGCCAUCGGGAAGCUACGUCGAGAAUACCAUCAUCAUUCAGUACGAUCCUUAUGUCCAGGAGGUUUGGGAUCAGGCCAGAAAGCUCAGAUGCACGUGGUACGACUUCUACGAGAAGGCCGUCACCUUCAGGCCCUUCCAAGUCGACAUGCUCCACGCUGUCACAGCUAAUUUCCUCGGGGACAAUCUCCAGUGUUGGAUGCAAAUUCAGGUUGGCAAGGGUCCAUGGGCUUCUGAGGUCUCUGGAAUCGUCAAGAUUGGACAGACCAUGACUAUGGUUCUGGCUAUCAAGGACGACGAGAAUAAAUUCGACAUGUUAGUCAGAAAUUGCGUUGCACAUGACGGCAAGAGGGCACCCAUUCAGCUUGUCGAUCAGUACGGGUGUGUCGUCAGGCCCAAAAUCAUGUCAAGGUUCCAGAAGAUCAAAAAUUUCGGUCCAAGCGCAUCAGUCGUCAGCUUCGCUUAUUUCCAAGCAUUCAAAUUCCCAGAUAGCAUGAAUGUUCACUUCCAGUGUGUCAUCCAGGUUUGCAGAUACAACUGUCCUGAGCCCAAGUGUGGACAUCCAGGUCUGGAAUACGCUGGAGCUGCAGGACUAUCAUCGGAAUAUAGAGCCCCAGUGCAUCAGAGUCUGGGUUCAGAAUAUGGUGCACCACCGGUGCCUGAAUACGGUGUGCCACCAGCAUACCCUGACCCACGCCAUCCCAGUGGACCCGCUGGCGCAUACAGCGAGCCAAAUCCUGACGUUGUGCCAGCACCACAAGCUCAGACUUCCUCGUCCUCACCAAGCUCAACCCCAGGGGACUCACCAGCUAGCAGCUCUCCACAGAGUCCUCAGGAUAAUAUCCAUCUACCGCCUCCUCCUCUUCCAGGGCAUCCUGCUGGAGCUUAUCAAACGGUCAAGAGAAAGGGAACCGUUGGACCCGAUGAGCUAGAGGGCAAUCUAGCAACCCUCGGAGGCCGCCCCAGGUCGGUUGAGGGUAUGCCUGCUGAGCUGAGGGGUGCCAGAAGACGAAGACAUCUCGACGUCAUCGAAAUCGAUCCCAGUCUCUUCCACGAGAUGACAGUGGUCUCUUCCCACGUGUACAAACGAGCAGCUCAGGAGAUGACGGACGUCAACACGUCCCGAAUAAUUCAAGUAGUUGCACCAGGUGACGUAAACUUCGCCUUGGGUGCAGCAAGCACAAACAACGACACAACAGUCGUCAUUUCAAACUCGUCAAGCGAUCCGGAGACGAUUUGCAUGUCGUUACCAGGUUUCGUUGGUGGUUUAGUAAUGCUCCUUCUCGUCAUCAUCGUGGCGUCCCUCGUUGCGGCAUUCCUCUUCGUCCGGGUGAGAGCAGUGGAUCGCAAAAAUGCCGCCGUCAGCAGCCCUUAUGCUCAUGCCAUCUACCCACCAGACGCAUGCAAUAUCCCUAACACCGAAUUCGUCAAAGUGGCUAAUUGCUCCUCAUAAUGACCAUUUUUAAAAGAGAGAAAUUACCGAGGAUGAUUUACGAACUGAGAACAAAUCGCCGUGGGCAAUUCUCUCAUCAUCACAUCAUUAUUCAUUUCAUUAAUUUCCAUCUUGCAGUCAGCCUUUUGUUCUUCCCCUAGUUAACCGCGGGAAAAUUGAUAUUUCGCGUAGGUAGUAGGUGGAAUCUUCAUGUAAAUAAGAUCUCGAGAUUGUAUCCUAUAGAUACGAAAGAGAGGAGCGAAAGGAAAUACUGAAAACACAAGGAAAUUCACGCGGCCCCUUUGAGGAGCCUCCCAGUUCAAAACGAAACUAGUGAAAUACGAGGAAAACAUUGCGCUACGAAUUCUCGAUCAAAACAGAAUGCAAAUAAAAUAAUAAUAGAAGACUGCUCAGUUCAGAGGAGCGGAACGAAAUCAAUUGAGUGAUUUGAAGGGAUAAAUCAUUUUAAUAAUUAUUUAAAAAUGAAAGUUCGAUUGAGCAAAUUGUUUAAAUCAUUUUCUUAGAAAUCGUAGCGCAAAGCUUUCGUCUUAUUUUUUAAUCGUUUUGGUUGUUUACUGUCGAGGCUUCUUAAAUUCGGCGUCUCGUCGACGAGCGAGCGUCAAUCCUGGUGGAGCUAGUGUAAAUAAAUAGCAGGGCAGCUCAGAACUCCACCAGGUUACGAGGCUACUACCCUGCCACCUGAUUUUUCCAAAUUAUCGUCACUCAAUUACUAGUAUCUCUCGUUAUUUAUGUACUCGUUUAAUCAAUUCUUCAUACCUCAUUCACAUCAUUUGUACUUUGGCUUACUUCGAGGUGAAAUUCAAUUUUUAUUUAUUUAUUAUUUUGUGAUUACGAAUUGAAGGUCUACCUCGAUGAUGACCCAAAAUACACUCUCAAUACUUUUUUUUUCGGUCAUUACGGAGUAUUUCUUUAUUACUAAUGCGAUCGAGAGACGAGACGAGAUUGAUAAUUUAACUUAUUUUAUUUUCCCUGUCACCGUUAAAUUUCAUUUCUUUCUCUUUUCCACACAUCUUGAUUUAAGUCACCGUCCAGUGGAUAUUCCCGGGAGGGAAUACGGUAUUGUAUGUGUCUUCAGCACACGAAAAAUUCAACGUUCAGACGAGUUUUGAAACGCUAAAGUGUUACGGUAAGAUGUUAGACGAGGAACACGCGAUAGGUGUGUUAUUAUGACUAUUUUGAUAAUUGAUAUGAAUAUAUUAUAAUUUUUAUUUA